AUGGCGCUGUUGUGUCUCACUCUCAGCGCAAACCCUGCUUCAAUUGUCUGCAAAUGCAAUGCCUCCCUUCCCACCGCACCCCAGGCGCUUGACGCUACCUACAUCCGACGCGCCGCCCACCUUGCCGACAAAUCCGCCGGUUUCUCUUCCCCCCACCCCAACUUCGGCUGUGUCAUCCUCUCCCCCGCAGGCCACGUCGCCGGUGAGGGCUACCUCUACGCUCAGGGCACCGCCUCCGCGGAGGUUCAGGCCGUCGAAUCCGCCGGCGAACGCUGUCGCGGUGCCACGGCGUACCUGAACAUGGAGCCCGGCGACUGCCACGGCGACCACAGUGCCGUGUCUGCUCUGCUCCAGGUUCUUCUUCGCCUUUCUUCUGUUUGUUACCUAACCCGCAUGUCUGUGUUACAAUCCGAUGUUGAUGUUGAUGUUUUUGUUGCUCACGAAUACGAUGGAGGGGUCAGAAGGGUUGUGAUUGGAAUGAGGCAUCCCCUGCAACAUCUUCGUGGCAAUGCUGUGCGUGCACUCAGAAAUGAAGGACUGAAUGUUGAUAUUCUUGGAGAGGAUCUCACUAGUAAUCUCAUUGAGGAUGCGCAGAAAGAGUGUCUUCUUGUCAAUGCACCUUUGAUUUGUAGAGCUGCAUCGCAUGUUCCCUUUUCUGUUCUCAAGUAUGCUAUGACUCUUGAUGGAAAAAUUGCUGCUAGCAGUGGCCAUGCGUCAUGGAUAAGCAGCAAGCAGUCUAGAAAUCUAGUGUUUGAGCUACGGGGUAGAAGUGAUGCUGUUAUUGUGGGGGGAAAUACGGUUCGAAGAGACAAUCCAAGACUAACAGCCAGACAUGGUGGGGGCCAUAUGCCAAUGCGAAUUGUGAUGACCCAGACUCUUGAUCUUCCAGAGGAAGCAAACCUGUGGGACAUGUCUGAGGUUUCUACCAUAGUUGUAACACAAAGGGGUGCAAGGAGGAGUUUCCAGAAGCUGCUUGCAUCUAAAGGAGUUGAGGUUGUGGAGUUUGACAUCUUGACUCCCCGAGAAGUUAUGGAGUAUUUCCACGAUCGUGGUUAUCUUUCAAUUUUAUGGGAAUGUGGAGGAACAUUGGCUGCAUCUGCUAUUUCAUCUGGAGUAAUUCACAAGGUUUAUGCUUUUGUUGCUCCUAAAAUUAUUGGUGGAAGGAAUGCACCAUCUCCUGUGGGUGAUCUUGGGAUGGUUGAGAUGACACAGGCUUUAAAUCUAAUUGAUGUUUGCUAUGAGCAGGUUGGACCUGACAUGCUUAUCAGUGGAUUUCUUCAGCCCUUACCAGACAUGAUACCUGUAAUCCCAUCACGUGAUGAAACUUUUGUUGUUGAUCCUACUGUUUCACCAUACGAGUCAAGGAUCAUAUUUUUCUAUAAAACAUGGGAUCCUUACGGUGCAUUGUCAAAUUUCUCUCCUCAUCCCAUUCAAAUGCAUGAUGAAAAUGGUGAUUAUGUGACUUGGUUGAGUGUUGAACAUUACUACCAGGCACACAAGUUUGUUGGGGUGGAUGAUCCCAUGGCACAAGAUUGUGUUGAAAGGAUUAAAUCUGCAAUAAGUCCGGAAGAAGCUGCAAGAAUAGGACGGUCAAUGCAAAAGCAGAAACCUGAUCUGAUAAGGUCUGACUGGGAGAACACAAAGAUCGACGUGAUGUACAAGGCAUUGAAAUCCAAGUUCUCAACCUACCCGCAUUUGAAAACUAUGCUGCUAUCUACUGCUGGUUCUGUUCUAGUUGAGGCUUCACCACAUGAUCUGUUUUGGGGUGGAGGCCGAGAGGGAGAAGGCUUAAAUUAUCUUGGCAGACUGUUGAUGAAAUUGAGAUCAGAGUUUCUUGGGGAUUCAUCAUCACCUAGUUUAACUGUGUAA